AUGGCUUUCAGUAGUCUUGGCGGAUCGAGGGUAGGCACGGUCUUCUUUGAUCCUAGCGGCACCAAGGCAGACUCGCAAAGCAAACAAGGCUCGCCGAAGGCAAACAAAAUUGGUGAUCAACAUCAUUCCGCUGCGGCGGACCCAGGAGGUUCCGGAGGCCGUGACGCAUCGAGGAAAAAGUCAAAGACGAGUAAGAAAGCAGUAGAACAUUUUGAGCAGCAAACCGCUGGCUCAGCAGGAUCUCCAAUGGCUACCCUGCGAACAGCAGACUCUCCAACAAGUGGCCCUCUAGAAGGCGGAAGUUCGCCAACAUCAGGAGGUUCGCCGUUC